AUUUGGGAGCUGCGUGCCGGGAUUUCUGCGUGCCUGCUUUUGGACCCACCAUCUCAACCUUCUCUGGAGGUCAUAUGGAUGAGUCGACGUGCUCCGGGGGAACUGUGAGUUUUGACCGUCCGGACCACUAACUGGAGCCACAUGAAGAAUAAAGGGACCAAGCAGAAGUCCAAAAGGAAAGGAAGCGAGAAUGCGUUCGGCUGUGACCUGACAGAACAUCUCCAGAGUUCAGGACAAGAUGUUCCUCAGGUCCUCAAGGAAUGUGCAGAGUUUAUCGAGAAGUUUGGGAUUGUGGACGGGAUCUACAGACUUUCUGGAGUCACCUCAAAUAUCCAGCGCCUCAGGCAGGAAUUCAGCUCCGAGGCGUGCCCUGACCUUACAAAGGAAGUGUACCUCCAGGACAUCCACUGUGUGGGCUCCUUGUGCAAGCUCUACUUCAGGGAGCUUCCCAAUCCUCUGCUCACAUUCGAGCUGUACAGCAAGUUCACUGAAGCUGCCUCAGUUCAUGGAGAUCAUGAGAGAAUUGUACACGUUCAGAGUGUUGUCAAAGAGCUGCCGACCCCUCACCUCAGGACUCUGGAGUACCUUGCUAAGCAUUUGGCCCGCCUUGCCACUUUCAGCUCCCAGACCAACAUGCACACACGUAACCUGGCUCUGGUGUGGGCUCCAAACCUGUUAAGAUCUAAGAACAUCGAAGCUCCAUCCGGUAAUGGAGACAUGGCUUUCCAGGAGGUGCGGAUCCAGCAGUCGGUGAUUGAGUUCAUUUUAAACCACGCAGAGCAGAUCUUCAGCGGCGAUUCGGCUCAAGUAAAACCCAAAGAAGGACCAGGUGUGGUGUGUGGGGAGAAGUAUGCCACGCUCCCGAUCAGCGGACAGAGCGGGCCGAUGAAGCUCAUGAGUCUGGAGGAGGCCCGGGCCCGCUCCUUAAGUCCAAACCAUCCUGUGCAUCGAGAACGUCAGAGGGAGAACAGCCUGCCUGACGCAAGCACCGCCACGCUCUAUCACACUGUCAUCGACAUAUCGGACAACAAGAGGAAGUUUUCUGGGAAAUCAAAGAAGUGGAAGUCCAUCUUCAACCUUGGAAGAUCUGUGGACUCAAAGGGAAAACUGAGCCGCAACGGCAGCGUGUUCAUAAGAGCAGAGGGAGGAAGAGAUAAGGCAGCUCUGCGUCCGUCCAGGAGCAUGGAGUCCUUACCACCAGAUGAUGACAGACCUGGCGGCAGCAGUCCAGCUGGUGGCUCCAGUAACAUUUUCAUCCCUGAUGUAAAAUCCCGAACCCUGGGAUCCGACUCGCUCCUUGACCUGAGUGAACACGACCAAAACUGGGACUUUAAAGGGAAGAAAGCUGGCGGUGCCGCAGCCAGCUGGAGCUCUGGCGUGAACCAAAGAGACUCACCGGGAGCUUCCUCGCCCUCUCAGAAGACACUCCCAGAGCAGCUUAAGGUGUUCAAAGGCGACGACGUCAGCAGCUACAAGCCCACGUCUCCAAAGAACAGAAGGAUGCUGUACUCGGGCUCCUCCCGGCCCUCGUUCCCAGGAAGCUUCUUCCCUCUGGAGUCCUCACCAAGGCACCAACGCAGAGCCGUCAACAUUUCGGAGCCUUUCGCCGUGUCCGUCCCGCUGCGUGUGUCAGCUGUCAUCAGUUCUAACAGCACGCCAUGCAGGGGACAUAACAAGGAAAAGGCAGCCACCCUGAAGCCUUGCAAAGAGCCCUCGGAGCAGAGCAGCAGCAUUAAGAAAAGCAACACGUUCCCCCUGCUGGAGCCAAAGAAGCAGGAAGGAACAGAGAAGCACACAGAAGCUCUGACCUCUAGAGCAUCACCAAAAGUUUCAAGCAGAGAGGUCAAUCCAAAAGGUGAAGGAGAGAAGAAAACCUCUGAACUGGAGGAACUGUUCAAUGCACAAAGAGCAGCGCCCCCUUCUGGAGACGAAACAAACAACCGUCCUCCAGACACAAAACUGGAUCACAAACCAUCAACAGGAGAAGACCUCCAGCAUGAGUUAAAGAUAAUGGAGUCUGAACCAGCCGCUCUGGAUUCAACUCAUAAACCUGUUUUCACCUCAGUGAGCACAUGUGGGAACACCAAGUUAACGAUGGACGUCAAGUCAAAGCGAAGUCGAAGUUCUCCGUCUCUGUCUUUGUUGUGCAGGGAGCCAUCAUUAAACGUUUCGCAGGGUGAGCGGGUUUUAGCCUCCUGGUCUGUCUCCAAAAAGAAACAGCCAUCAGAACCGGACCUCUUAGUUUGUGUUCACAAAAACGUUGACGUCAUCUCUGGCGGAAAAGCUCCUAACGUCCAGCUUGCUGACAUUCUGGGUGCAACGAAGAAGCCAUUUAGGCAAAAAGUCCCAGCUUUAAACAAAGAUGACUCAGCUUACAUCAAGCAGUGUCCACCUUCCUUCAAAGAAACCAACUUAGAUCAAAUCAGAAACCCUUUCACAAUAAAAGAUCUUCCACAGGUUGCAUGCUUCUCAAGUGACAGAUCAUCUCAGAAACAAGAAGGACCAAAUGAGGACAAAGAAAGUCCUCAUAAUGGAGCAAAGAAAAGUUUAAACCCAGAGACGGAAGUGAGUCAAAGCCUUUCUGUUCAUUUAGAGGAGAAACGCAACUCAGUGGAAGUGCCAGACGAUGAGGAGGGGUGUGGAGACCAGGUGGAGGAGCUGGACUUGGUGGAGCCCUGGGAGGAUCUAAGCUCCACCAAGCAGUGGGUCACCAGUCCUCUCCACUCACCGGAUAUAGAGGAGUUGUUCAACCAGCUGUCCCCCUUCGGCUCAAAGGGAGAAACUCAGAGUUCAGAAGGUGGGAAGACUUCUCCUUCAGGUGAUGACAACAAACCGUCCUUCGUUGGGAGAACUGAACAACCUUCAGGAAGUCCUCCUCAGAGCAUCAACUCAGAAACUAAAGGGACACAUUUGCCCACAACUCAGCUGAGUUUGAGCAGUAACUCAACACAACCUCAGACAGCAAAGGGCAGCUCAGCAAAACAGAAAACUGCAGCGUCAUCUCAGAGGUUCAACAGACAAAUGUCUUUCGAGACGGCUGUGGCCGAGAAAAGAGAAGAAAGCCGCUUCUCUAAAAACAGGCCCUGCUCACUCAACUUAGACCUGAGCCAUCGCUACAUAAGAGAUAUUUCAAAUCAGCAGAACUGUAACUCCUCAGAGUCCUCCUCGUGUCAGAAAGGUUUACUAGCUUCACCUGGGACCAAAGGCCGAUCGGAUUUGGACCUGUUUCUGAACGAUCGGCAGGCGCCUCUUCGUCGAAACUCGGCCCCGGUCAGCGUGUCGUCGGUGAGGUCAACCUUCAUGAUCAAAAAGUGCCAGGUGAGAGCCGUGCCUGUCGUCCCUCCAAAGGUGCAGUACAGCCAGAUACCUCAGACCAAGCAGGAGGGCGAUACCAGUGCAGGGAAGGAACAAGACAAGGGAUGUCCCAAAACAAACGUAGAGCCAAGCGGCACAGCUCUUCCUUUGAUGAUGAUGGAUCUGAAGGAAGAGCUGGAGAAUAAAGAACCCGGUCUCAAACACCAGAAAACUCCAAACCUUCAGAAAUCUGCAGAGUCUGGAAGGAGCGCAACCCUUCCAGAGCUGCCUGUCAUAACCAGGAGACAUGCCCCCAGUCUGGAAGUGUUCGUGGACUGCCCCAGACCCAACAGAGGGACCUUAUUACAAAGACCAUCCUUCAGGAACCGACAAAGACCUCAGAGUCUCAUCCUUCUCAGCCCCCCUUUCCCCAUCAUGGACUAUCCGCCAUCAGGAGACGACGGUAAGCUCCUGUCCUCCAUCAAGAGCCUGAAUGAUACGGCAGCGCUGAACGUCUUUUCUAAAGAGAUGGCAGAAAAUUUCAGGACGCCUGAGGGGAUUUCUCUUCAGAAUAAAAUGACUAUUCCAAAGAGUGGGCAGAGACUGGAAACAUCAACCAGCUGCUUCUACCAGCCUCAGAGAAGGUCCAUGAUAUUUGACAGCAGGAGCCAUCGUCAGAUUGAGUGA